AUGGCUGAACUUACUCCUGAGGAGGCUGAGGCUCAGAGAAAGCUUAAAAUGAAGAGGAUCAUGGAGAACAACAUGAUUAUUGACGGUUUGCUCGGCUCUGCAAUCGUCAAUCACUCUAUGGAGAAAAUUAUUAAGAGAGCAGAAGCAAGGGCUGAAAUCAACAGAAUAGAGUCAAAUCAUAAGAAACAUGCAGCUGAUAUUAUGGUUAGUAACUUCCAAGUUAUGGCUGACUCCUACCUAAAGGAGAAAGACCCAGCUGAAAUUGCAGGUGUCUUUGACCUCAAUGAAAGGGAUUACCUUAGCAUCCAGAAUAGCAGUAUUGAUAUGUCAGAGAACGAUUAUGAGAAAGCUGAUGCUCGCUCAGUUGGAGGUAAAAAGAUGACACUCGUUCAUCUAGAACCCUUUGACAAAAUUGAGGUUAAUCUUAAAUAAAAUUCCUUCUAUGAAAGAGCACAUCCAGGCGCAAACUUUUAAGUAUUAUGAUGGCCGUCAGGACUGGAGAUCUGACGAAGAACCUAUGGCUCCAAAAGCAGAUUCUUUCCUAUCUGGACAAAUCCCUUUGAAAGAAAAUCCUAUAUUUGGCAAGAUUCACAAAAAUGGGAUCAAGCGACCAGGAAUCAUGUUCAUAUCUAAGGCUGCAAAGCGAGAAGGAAGCUCUCGUUCUAGGAGAAGUAUUAUGAAAAGAGUUGAGACUCCUCAGAAGAGCCCGAAGGCAGAGAAAAUACCUAAACAAAUAGAUCUGGAUGAUCUCCCCUCUGAAGAAGAGGAGGAUGUUGCCAUUCAAAGAAUGAGGGCGACAAAACUGAGAGAAUCCCUCAGAAAAGAGAAGGAUCUUAAGGAAAAGAUGGAGAUCAAACGGAUGAAUGAAGAAAGGGCCAAACAGAGCAAAGCAAGUUUUGAAAAACUAGCUAAAAGAGCCUACACCUAUGAUUACCAAGGAAGUAUCAUCUUUGUCAGAAAGCCCGCUGCUGAAACUUUACCUGGAGAUUUCAAUGUCUCUAAGAUUUCUAAGAAGACGCUUAAGAAGUUGAAAGUUUCUAAGAGAUCCUCUAUUGAGACCACCGAGGAGCUCAUGCAGAUGCAUUUCUCUAAAAAGGUCGAAGGAAAGGGAGCAAAAGGCAAGCAAGUUAAUAAAGAUUUCAAAAAUUAUAAAGGAAUGGAGAACAAAAUCACACCUGGUGGAUCCAAUUUCGAAAGUAUGUCUGCAUCCAACGGAGUUUCUAUCACAGAAGGAGCUAAAUAACAAAAUUGGAAAACCAGCUAGAUUUAGCAUGAGUAAUUCUAUGACAAGGCAAGAGUAUAUAAACGAAACAUCUCAGAAUUUCACGCUGAACAACAAAACUCUUGACUUCAACCUGCCAGAUUUGAAAGAAUCCAAGAUGGACGAGACAAUUGAAAUGAACUCUACUAUUAGAUCUAAUAAGGCCGAAGAUAUUCCAAAGAAAAUGAGUGAGAGUCACCAAAUCCUACCUCCAAUUGAUGAUACCUCAAGGCUCAACUUUUCUAUUGGGCAAAAUACCAGUUUCGGGAAGACAUUAAUAGUAGAUAAAAUAAACAUGACUGAUAGAAGUAUGAACUUUCUAAAGCAAUCUAUGGCCUCUGGGAGUACAGAUAAUCGGAUCUUAAGAGGUUCGAAAUCUGAAUGCACACUGAAAUCUCUUGUGCCACAUAAUCCACCACCGCUCAGUAAAGUGAACCCAAUUCCACCAAAGAUUAAUACAGGAAGGAAGGUUCACCACAAGAGAUCAUCAAGUUUUGGAAGGGUAACCCAAGGUGAGUCUUUUGACCCUGAUGAAGAGGUGAACAAAAGAUUUGAUGACUUUAACAAAGCUCUUCUCACAAAUCACGGUAUGCCUGAUAGGAGUCAUAAAUUACAUAAAACUGCGAGAAAGCCAGCUUUCAGUAGGACAAAGAAUCUUUCAUUGCUAAAGAACCCUAACAUGGUGACCUACGAAGACAAGAUUUCUAAAAAGGCUUACCUGGAGAGAAUCAUGGAUUAUAGAGUCACUAGCAAGGCUAAAAGAUAUACUGAAUUGUAGUUCUUCAACCUCA